CCUAUUCCCUGCUGAGUUUCGGGUUGACAAUCGAUUCCCUUUUCACUACUAAUCGUCCAACUCAAACACUAUUCUCUCCCUCCCUUCCCUUUCGACCAUCGCUUGGGUUCUUUCCUUUCCUUUCCUGUCCCUUCAACUUCAUCUCUGGGUUCCUGUUCACUCUUUUAUUGAUUUUACAUUCAAGGGCACGACUUUGUUGUUUUUCUCAGUUUCUCCGGUUUUGUCCCUUUUCUGAGUUUCUUGACGACUGCCGUCUGGACUCCUUUCCUUCUUUCACGCUUUCGUUUGAGGAAGAAGAGGGAAGUUAGUCCUAGACCGAGACAGGUUCUAGCCUAGUAUCUGUCUAGGUUCUUAAUCCGUCUUCUGCAUCGUUAUUCCGUUCCCCUUCCAUUCGUUUGCAACACCACUCGAGUAACGACUGUACGGCUCUUAAGCCCAUCGAAAAGUGCGAAGUAAUCCUAAUUGUCAUAUUGGUCGAUUUUAGCGUUUCACGAUCGGGGACUGGCACCUCAACGACUUGUCGGCUUCGAAAUUGUUCACCUCGUGUCGACAUCGUCCCUCGUUCCUCUGCAUCUUCCAAUCCCGAGCCCUCCGCUGAUGCAGGAAAAUAGAGAAUAGAACAACUGAAUUAUUUGAUGGACCACUGCUAAGCUAUAACCGCUCGGUAAUUGUGCCCUUUCAGCAUGUCAGGCUAUAACCAAGGCCAAGGCCAAGCCCAAGGCGGGCAUUACGAUGAUGGCUACGGCCAACAUGGUGGCCACGGGGAUUCCUAUUACCAGGAUGAUCAUCACGGCCAAGCUUACUAUGAUCCCAAUGAUUAUGGCGACGGGUACUAUGAUAGAGGAAACUACUACGCCGAAGGUGGAAAUGGCUACCACCAGGACGGUGAUGGAUACUAUGAUGCUGGUCACCAGGAUAAUUACUACGGUGACCCUUACUACGACCAAGGGAAUGGUCAGCAGAGGGGAAGGCGCCGUGGUGAUUCAGAGGAAGAUUCGGAAACAUUCAGUGAUUUUACCAUGAGAUCCGAAACGGCUCGCGCAGCGGACAUGGACUACUACGGUCGUGGGGAUGAACGUUACAACAGCUAUGCCGACAGUCAGUAUGGAGGACGUGGGUAUGGCUAUCGGCCCCCUUCUUCCCAGAUCUCCUACGGAGGCAAUCGGUCAUCCGGAGCAUCGACACCCGUCUAUGGCAUGGACUACGCCAAUACCCCUGCCGGUCAGCGAUCUCGGGAGCCGUACCCGGCGUGGUCGUCUGAUGCCCAAGUUCCUGUUUCCAAGGAGGAGAUUGAGGACAUCUUUCUUGAUUUGGUGAACAAAUUCGGUUUUCAGAGGGACAGCAUGCGUAACAUGUAUGAUCACCUCUUGACACAAUUGGACUCACGUGCCUCUCGUAUGACGCCAAACCAGGCAUUGCUUUCCUUGCAUGCCGACUAUAUCGGUGGUGACAACGCAAACUACCGCCGUUGGUACUUUGCCGCCCACCUUGACCUCGAUGAUGCCGUAGGAUUUUCGAAUAUGAAGUUGGGCAAGGCCGAUCGAAAGACAAGAAAGGCUCGCAAGGCAGCUCAAAAGAAAGCGCAGGAGAAUCCAGAGAAUGUGGACGAGACUCUUGAGGCCCUGGAGGGCGAUAACAGCCUUGAAGCUGCAGAGUAUCGAUGGAAAACUCGGAUGAACCGGAUGUCCCAGCAUGACAGGGUGCGGCAACUGGCGUUGUACCUGCUCUGCUGGGGUGAGGCCAAUCAGGUCCGGUUCUUACCUGAGUGCCUCUGCUUUAUUUUCAAGUGCGCGGAUGACUACUAUUCCUCGCCAGAAUGCCAAAAUCGGGUUGAGCCUGUCGAGGAGUUCACCUAUUUGAACGAAAUCAUUACACCUCUCUAUCAGUAUUGCCGCGACCAGGGCUACGAGAUCCUGGACGGGAAAUACGUGCGGCGAGAGCGCGAUCAUAACGAGAUCAUCGGAUAUGAUGACAUGAAUCAACUUUUCUGGUACCCGGAGGGUAUUGAGCGAAUCGUGUUCGAAGACAAGACACGCCUGGUUGACAUCCCAACCGCAGAAAGAUGGACCAAGCUGAAGGAUGUCCACUGGAAGAAGGUGUUCUUCAAGACAUACAGGGAGACCAGAUCUUGGUUCCAUAUGAUCACCAAUUUCAACCGUAUCUGGGUCAUUCACUUGGGUGCUUUCUGGUUCUUCACGGCCUACAACGCUCCGACAUUGUACACGAAAGGCUACCAGCAGCAGCUCAACAACAAGCCACCUAAUUCAUACUACUGGUCUGCAGUUGGAUUCGGUGGCGCUCUCGUGAGUUUCAUCCAAGUACUCGCUACUCUAUGUGAAUGGAUGUACGUGCCUCGACGUUGGGCUGGUGCCCAGCACCUGACCAAGCGUUUGUUCUUCCUGCUAUUCGUGUUUAUCAUCAACCUGGCCCCAGGUGUGAUUGUCUUUGGCUUCCACAAGCAGCUCAAGGAAACUAUUUGCCUUAUCAUUGGCAUCGUUCACUUCAUCAUUGCCCUAGUGUCGUUUUUCUUCUUUGCUGUUAUGCCUCUUGGUGGUUUGUUCGGUAGCUAUCUGAAGAAAGGUGGCCGUCAGUACGUCGCCAGUCAGACAUUCACUGCCAGUUGGCCACGCCUGCGAGGCAACGACAUGUGGAUGUCCUACGGUCUUUGGGUUUGUGUUUUUGGAGCUAAACUGGCAGAGUCAUACUUCUUCUUGACCUUGUCUUUCAAGGACCCUAUCCGGAUUCUUUCCCCUAUGCAGAUUAAGUACUGCGUCGGUGUCACGUAUAUCGGGUCCAAACUCUGCCACUAUCAACCGCAGAUUUUACUAGGCCUGAUGUUCUUCAUGGAUUUGACCCUUUUCUUCCUGGAUAGCUACCUCUGGUACAUUAUUUGCAACACAGUCUUCUCUGUUGCAAGGUCUUUCUAUCUAGGUGUUUCUAUCUGGUCCCCAUGGAGGAAUAUCUUUUCUCGUCUGCCGAAGCGUAUCUACUCGAAGGUCCUUGCUACAACGGAUAUGGAGAUCAAGUACAAGCCAAAGGUUCUGAUUUCGCAAGUCUGGAAUGCGAUCAUCAUUUCCAUGUAUCGCGAGCAUUUACUGGCUAUUGACCAUGUCCAGAAGCUCCUGUACCACCAAGUACCUUCUGAACAAGAGGGUAAACGGACUCUGCGUGCGCCUACUUUCUUCGUCUCACAGGAGGAUCAGUCCUUCAAGACGGAGUUCUUCCCACCUGGAAGCGAAGCUGAGCGUCGUAUCUCUUUCUUCGCUCAGUCUCUCUCUACCCCAAUGCCCGAGCCCCUGCCGGUUGACAACAUGCCUACUUUUACAGUCCUUAUUCCGCACUACGGCGAAAAGAUCCUCUUGUCACUCCGUGAAAUUAUCCGUGAAGAUGAGCCGUAUUCCCGUGUCACUUUGCUGGAGUACCUCAAGCAGCUGCAUCCUCAUGAGUGGGACUGCUUUGUCAAGGACACGAAGAUCUUGGCAGAUGAAACUUCCCAAUUUAACGGCGAAAUGGAGAAGACUGAAAAGGAUGUUGCCAAAAGCAAGAUUGAUGAUCUCCCAUUCUAUUGCAUUGGAUUCAAGUCAGCCGCUCCGGAAUACACUCUCCGUACACGUAUUUGGUCUUCUCUGCGGUCUCAAACCCUCUAUAGGACUAUUUCUGGCUUCAUGAACUACAGCCGUGCCAUCAAGCUCCUCUAUCGUGUCGAGAACCCGGAGGUUGUGCAAAUGUUUGGUGGUAAUUCUGAGAAGCUGGAACGCGAAUUGGAAAGGAUGGCACGCCGCAAGUUCAAGAUUUGUGUCUCCAUGCAACGGUAUGCCAAGUUCAACAAGGACGAACGUGAGAAUACCGAAUUCUUGCUCCGUGCCUACCCCGACCUUCAAAUUGCCUACCUUGAUGAGGAACCGCCAGCCAACGAAGGCGAAGAACCUCGGUUGUAUUCCGCGUUGAUUGACGGACACUGCGAGCUUCUCGAUAACGGAAUGCGGAAGCCCAAGUUCAGGAUCCAAUUGUCUGGCAACCCCAUUCUGGGCGAUGGAAAGUCUGACAACCAAAAUCACGCCAUUAUCUUCUAUCGUGGUGAAUACAUCCAGGUCAUUGACGCCAACCAGGAUAACUAUCUUGAAGAAUGCUUAAAGAUUCGCAGCGUUCUCGCGGAGUUUGAGGAAUUGACAACCGACAACGUCUCGCCUUACACGCCUGGUAUCCCCUCGUCGGACACCACCCCUGUUGCCAUCCUUGGUGCCCGUGAGUACAUUUUCUCCGAAAGUGUUGGUGUUCUUGGUGAUGUUGCUGCUAGUAAGGAACAAACAUUCGGUACUCUGUUCGCUCGUACACUUGCCGAGGUCGGUGGUAAGCUGCAUUAUGGUCACCCAGAUUUCCUUAACGGCAUUUUCAUGUGCACCCGAGGUGGUAUCUCGAAAGCCCAAAAGGGUCUUCAUUUGAACGAAGAUAUUUAUGCCGGUAUGACCGCCAUGCUCCGUGGUGGUCGCAUUAAGCACUGCGAGUACUUCCAGUGUGGUAAGGGUCGUGAUCUUGGUUUUGGCUCCAUUCUUAACUUCACAACCAAGAUUGGUACUGGUAUGGGCGAACAAAUGCUCUCGCGAGAGUAUUAUUAUCUUGGUACACAGCUUCCCCUCGAUCGGUUCUUGUCCUUCUACUAUGCGCACCCUGGCUUCCAUCUUAACAACAUGUUCAUCAUGCUAUCUGUGCAGAUGUUCAUGAUCGUUUUGAUUAAUUUGGGAGCGCUGAAACAUGAGACCAUCACUUGCAAAUACAACAAGAACUUGCCGAUUACAGAUCCUCUACGUCCGACCUACUGUGCAAACCUUGUGCCUGUCAUUGACUGGGUUAACCGCUGUGUCAUCUCCAUCUUCAUCGUCUUCUUCAUCUCUUUCGUUCCUUUAGCGGUUCAAGAACUUACAGAGCGAGGAGUUUGGCGUAUGGCCACACGUCUCGCAAAGCACUUCGGCUCUUUCUCAUUCAUGUUUGAGGUGUUCGUUUGCCAGAUCUACGCCAAUGCUGUCCAUCAGAACUUGUCAUUUGGUGGCGCUCGUUAUAUCGGUACCGGCCGUGGUUUUGCAACGGCUCGUAUUCCCUUUGGCGUCCUCUACUCACGUUUCGCCGGACCUUCCAUUUAUGCCGGUGCCCGGUUGCUUCUUAUGCUUCUUUUCUCCACCUCUACUGUUUGGAGUGCGGCCCUGAUUUGGUUCUGGGUUUCGCUGCUUGCUCUUUGCAUUUCUCCGUUCCUGUUCAACCCACAUCAAUUCGCUUGGCAUGAUUUCUUCAUUGACUACCGUGAUUACCUGCGCUGGCUGUCUCGCGGAAACUCACGGUCCCACGCGUCUUCUUGGAUCGCCUUCUGCCGACUGUCGCGUACUCGAAUCACAGGUUACAAGCGGAAGCUCCUCGGUGUUCCGUCUGAGAAGGGAUCUGGUGAUGUACCCAGAGCACGCAUCACGAACAUCUUCUUCAGCGAGAUCGUCGCACCUUUGGUCUUGGUUGCUGUUACGUUGGUUCCCUACCUCUACAUCAACUCCAGAACUGGAACAAUGGACCCAAAAGACCAAAAACCGAAAAAUGCUAUUGUCAGAAUUGCUAUCGUGGCCUUCGGUCCCAUCGCCAUCAACGCUGGUUGCGCGGGUAUGUUCUUUGGCAUGGCAUGCUGCAUGGGCCCAAUUUUAAGCAUGUGCUGCAAGAGGUUCGGUGCGGUGCUCGCCGCCAUCGCGCACGCUGUCGCGGUCAUUAUCCUACUUGUUAUCUUUGAGGUCAUGUUCUUCCUGGAAGGUUGGUCUUGGCCUAGGUGCGUGAUGGGUAUGAUCGCCGCUGCCGCUAUCCAACGGUUCGUCUACAAGCUCAUAAUCUCGCUGGCUUUGACUCGUGAGUUCAAAAACGAUCAGUCCAAUAUUGCCUGGUGGACUGGAAAGUGGUACAGCAUGGGCUGGCAUUCGAUUUCCCAGCCCGGCCGUGAGUUCCUUUGCAAGAUUACAGAGUUGGGCUAUUUCUCUGCCGACUUCGUCCUUGGCCACCUACUUCUGUUCAUUAUGUUGCCCGCGCUCUGCAUACCGUACAUUGACAAAUUCCACUCGGUUCUUCUCUUUUGGUUGCGUCCAAGUCGUCAAAUUCGACCUCCGAUCUACUCUUUGAAGCAGUCUAAGCUGCGCAAGAGAAGGGUUGUCCGCUUCGCCAUUUUGUACUUCGUGAUGCUCGUCCUGUUCCUCGUUCUCCUCAUCGCACCGCUUGUUGUUCGCCACAUGGAUAUCAAUCUUCCCAGCAUGCCAAUGGAUCUCAUGCAACCUCUUGACAGCAACAACAACAACACCAUUGAGGGAUACACUGGCCCUGGACUUCCAAACGGCAAAACAGCAAUAUCGGAAUCAGCUUCCGCUGCCGCUACUACCUCCUAGAGGGUCUGCGUUUGCUUGCCGAAAUUACGUUUUACUACUGCCUUCUUUUUAGUCUCGGAACGGAUUCAUGAAAAUGAGCUGUAUAAAGUAUCCAGCGUCUUGAAGUAGCUGCUGUGUCAUACAUUUUGUCUUUGUUCUUUUACCUGACUCUUUUGAAGCUUUGCGUGUGCAGCUCUGUUGCCGCUCAAGUUUAAUGCAUUAUAUUUGUUGACCGUUUUCUGUAUUCUCACGGUGUUGUGUUUUCCAUAUGCGAUCAUUAGACUUGUGAAUUUGUGUAUUGUUCCCUUUGUGCCCUACCCAUCAUUUAUCCUUCAUUCCCAAUUAAGUUCCGUUUUUUCUGUCGUUGAUCAGAAGAUUGGAUGAUAUUCCCGUAGUUGCUCUCUCGAGGUAGACCGCCACUUAGAGUGCCGUAAUUCGUACGUCCUCCACAUACCAGACGUACCUUGGGGAUAGAUGCGGAAGGUCCUCCUAUCCC